CGAGCCCGAGCCCGAGCCCGAGCCGCCUCCACCCCCGCCGCCGCUGCUGCAGCCUCUCCCCGGCCCGGUGCCUGCGGCUGCGGCGGGCGGCAAUGAGCAGGUCCGCGGCGCUGCUGCUGCUCUGCCUGCUGGGCUGUAACGUGUGGAAGGCGGUGACCAAGACCUUGCGGGAGCCCCGGGCUCAAGAAGUAACACUGAAGGUCCACAUCAGUGACGCCAGCACCCAUCAGCCAGUCAACGAAGCUUUCAUCGAGAUAUUUACCAACCAGGUCUCUAUUGCUUCUGGAACAUCAGGGGCAGAUGGCACAGCUUUCAUCAAGUUUCAAUAUCAGUUGGGCAGUCAGUUGAUCGUCACGGCCAGUAAGCCUGCAUACGUACCAAAUUCUGCACCGUGGAAACCCAUACGGUUACCUGUGUUUUCUUCUCUAAGCCUUGGCCUGCUCCCUGAACGAUCAGCUACUCUCAUGGUGUACGAAGAUGUCGUUCAAAUAGUCUCAGGAUUUCAAGGUGCUCGGCCACAGCCUCGGGUUCAUUUCCAGAGACGAGCCCUGAAGCUGCCAGAGAACACCAGCUACAGUGACCUGACUCCCUUUCUCACGGCUUCCAGCGCCCCGGCAGAGGUGGACAAUUUCCCGUAUCUACGAGGAUUAGACGGGAAUGGAACAGGGAAUAGCACCAAGUAUGACCUGACCCCUGUCACUGCAGUCAGCGUUCAUCUGCUCAGCAGCGAUGGAACCCCAGUCGUGGUGGAUGGACCUAUUUAUGUCACAGUUCCUCUGUCCCCACAAAGCAACCUGAGGCACAAUGCUCAUGUUACUGCAUGGCGAUUUGACCAAAAGCUUGGAACGUGGCUGAAAAGUGGCUUGGGCCUUGUACAACAAGAAGGGAAUCAGCUGACGUGGACCUACAUUGCCCCACAGCUAGGCUACUGGGUGGCAGCCAUGUCUCCCCCCAACCCAGGUCCUGUUGUAACACAAGACAUAACUACGUACCACACGGUAUUUCUUUUGGCCAUUUUAGGAGGAAUGGCCUUCAUUCUUUUGAUUUUGCUGUGUCUUCUUUUGUAUUAUUGCAGGAGGAAAUGUUUAAAACCACGUCAGCACCAUAGAAAACUUCAGCUUUCUACAGCCCUAGACAGUUCCAAAAAAGAUCAGUCAACGUCCAUGUCCCACAUAAAUUUACUGUUUUCCCGGCGAGAAUCGGAAUUUCCCGGCACCCUGUCAGUCGCCAGCCAUGGGCGCCCAGAUCCAUCAGGUACAAAGGAACUGAUUGGGGGUGUUCAUAUGGAGAUGAUGUCUUCUAGUGGCGAAGCAGAUUUGCACACCCCAAUGCUCAAACUUUCAUACAGCACCUCACAAGAAUUUAGCUCCCGAGAGGAACUUCUUUCCCACAAGGAAGAGGAUAAAAGUCGAAUAUCCUUUGAUAAUCUGACACCGAGUGGGACUUUAGGAAAGGACUACCAUAAAUCUGUGGAGGUUUUUCCUCUAAAAUCAAGGAAAUCUAUAGAAAGAGAAGGCUAUGAAUCCCCUCUCAAGGAUGAUUACAGGAGGAGUUAUAAUGCCAUGUUGUCCCAGCCUUUAUUUGAAAAGCAAGACAGAGAAAUCCAAGCCUCCAUUAAUCACAUCUCUGCAGGAAGCAAACUCACUAUUCAGGAACAAAUGUACCCUACGUCUUCAUCCCCUGAAAAGGAGCAACUGCUAGACCGCCGGCCAACGGAGUGUAUGAUGUCCCGGUCGGUGGACCAUCUCGAAAGGCCGACCUCUUUUCCUCGGCCAGGCCAGUUGAUUUGCUGCAGUUCUGUUGACCAGGUCAAUGACAGCGUUUAUAGGAAAGUCUUGCCUGCCUUGGUCAUCCCAGCUCAUUAUAUGAAAUUGCCAGGGGACCAUUCCUAUGUGAGCCAGCCACUGGUUGUCCCAGCAGACCAGCAACUUGAAAUAGAAAGACUUCAGGCAGAGUUUUCCAACCCUCAUGCCCAGCUCUUCCCACAUCCCCCCACCCAGAUGCAAUCCCAGCAGCUCUCUUCACAAGCAAUAUCGCAGCAGCACUUACAAGAUGCAGGCUCCCGUGAGUGGAGCGCACAGAAUGCUUCCAUGUCAGAAUCUCUGUCCAUCCCCGCAUCCCUUAAUGAUGCAGCUUUGGCGCAAAUGAAUAGCGAGGUACAGCUUCUAACUGAGAAGGCUCUCAUGGAACUAGGCGGUGGGAAGCCACUUCCUCAUCCUCGGGCAUGGUUUGUGUCUUUGGAUGGAAGAUCCAAUGCUCACGUUAGACAUUCAUACAUCGAUCUCCAAAGAGCUGGAAGGAAUGGGAGUAACGAUGCCAGUUUAGAUUCUGGCGUUGAUAUGAAUGAACCCAAAUCUGCCCGAAAGGGGAGAGGAGACCCCUUAUCCCUUCAGCAGGGGCACCCGUCUGUACAGGAGCAUCAGCAGAGAGAACAGAGUGUCCCAGACAGCACAGCCUACACGCAGCUAGUCUACCUGGAUGACAUGGACCAAAGCGGCAGCGAGUGUGGAACCACGGUGUGUACCCCCGAGGACAGUGCCCUGCGUUGCCUGUUGGAUGGGGCAGGUCGAAGGAGUGGCACCCAGCUGCCCAGCCUGCAGGAGGAGACAAUAAAGCGGACUGCGGAAGCCCCACCCGAGUCAUUAGCCAGUCCCGAACUUGGAAGAUCUGCCCAUGAGGAAGACGAAGAUGACGAAGAUGACGAAGAUGACCAAGGAGAAGACAAGAAAAGCCCAUGGCAAAAGAGAGAAGAAAGACCGCUGAUGGCGUUUAACAUAAAGUGAGCUAUUGCAGAUCCACCUUUGUGUGGAGUAUAAAAUUGCCAAAUAUUCUUUCUAUGGAAGCGCUUACUUGUUUGUGGAAAACAAAAAAGCAAACAAACAAAACCACACACACACACACACACACACACACACACACACACACAAAACCACACGAUGGCAAAUGUGGACAGUGGACUUGGGUUGCAUUACUGUUUGCUAUGUAAAUGUUAGAAAGGAAUUAAAGUUAUUACUCAGAAAAAAAAAACUGAUUUAAUGGAUGUCUCGAGUGAGAUCGCAGAAAGUAGGUUUUGAAUGUUAUCCCACAUACUUGAUACUUAUGUUCAUCACCAAGGACAUUGAGGGGAAAGCAAACAUAUUAUUAGGUAUAAUGACCUCACUUCUCUCUCAGAAUAUGGGAAUAGUUGGGAAUUAUUUUUUUGCAUUUCUUGAAUCAAUUUUAUCAUGAUAAUGCUACUGUAAAGCAUUUAUUAAAAAUUCUUUUUUGGCACUUAGUGUCUGAGGUAUGCGUUAUCUCCAAGGAAGGCUAUGCAUUGCUGCUGGUUAGUAAUAUUUUGCUUAGGUUAUGCUUUGGGGUUUGUUUGGGGUUUUUAUGUUUAUUUGGUUUUUUAGUUGUUUUGUUGUUUGGGUUUUGGGGUUUUUUUUACACAACUUGGUUGUCAACAUUUUAUGCCUUUGUUUUAACAUGUUUCCUUUUUAAGUGGUUGAUUUUAAUGUCUCCCUUCAGGAACUCUUGUGAGUUGCAUCUCUAAAUAUUAAAGCCUUUUUAUGAAACCAAACUGAAUUUGGUGUCAGCUAAGAGUCCUUCGAUUCUGGUCCCAUGAACUCCAAGUGCCUUUUUUACAGUGACAAUAGACGGCCCCUU